GAUGCGCUGUGCUGAGAAGCCGGUGUAAAGAGUGUGAUAUUUGUGGCCCUCGACUGUGCGACUGAACAAGCAAUGGAGAAGGUGUUGUGCGCGGCGCAUGGGUUUCCCUGCUUUUUAAAGACUGGCAUCAAGGACGGCCCAAACAAAAACAAAAGCUUUUAUGUGUGUGGAGUCCAAGGCCAGCCACCUUGUGGAUUUGUCCUCCCCACCCAACUUUGUCCUUCUCACUGCUUGAUGCAUGAAGAGUAUGUGGUGGACCUGCAAGUUCUGAUCCAGCAGCAGGGGACAGACCAGUAUCGACUGUUCUAUCGAUGUGCUCAAUGUAAAAAGGAAGGGAAGAAGUGGUGUGGAAGUGUUCCAUGGCAGGAUUCAGAACCCACCAGAUUGUCAAGUAAACCACAGUCUCAGCACAUGUUGGACUUACCCAUUAAUCAAAGAAACCCCUUCAAAGUGUCAGGCAAGAAUCAACAACCAUUGUCUUUGAAACAAAUUGAUAACUAUGAGGACAAAAAUUCAGAAGAAAAGGAUGAGAGAGAGACAUUGGACUCUGAUAAAAAGCAUCAACAGAAAUCACCAUUGGAAUAUGUUGAAAAAGAACUGCCAAAAGAAAGUAAGAUUAAGUUUGGAGAUAAAAGUGGUAGAUCAUCCAGCGGAGAAAAAGAAGGCCAAACUAAAUUGAGUGACCUGACAACUGACCGUCAAGAAACUGUACUUUUGAAUACACAAAAAAGUUGUUCUAGCAAAAAAGCUGAGGUACCUUCUGGACAUGUAAGGCAGAGUUCAUCUAUGAGAACUGCUGAAGAUGAUUUGCAGAAACAAGAAACAAGCUGCAGUAGCCAGACAUCAAGCAAAAAGCCCCUUAAUGAGGAGCAGCUUGGAAAGGGAGGAUCAGAAUCCUGCAUAGACCAAGGGGUAAGGGAGAAGAUGCAUGGCGAUGGGGGAAGUGAAAAGACAACUGUGACGCCCAGAGGACUAGUAACCAUUUGCGAAUGUACAGGCUUGCCUGUAGUGCCUCCUAGAGAAAACCCACUGUUACACGGGGGAAUGACUCCAGAAGAAAAACUGGGUACCAAUAAAAAUACUAGUGGUGAUGAGCACAAUAGGUAUGUGCCCUCCAAAUCGCCUGUUGGACUGGUAGUGGAUUCCUUGCAUGGAAAAGAUUGCAGUCAGAAGAAGUCACCUUCCAUCUCACAAGGAAGUGCCCCUUCACAAAGGGCAGAAAUUCUGGAUUCCAAAGUCCUUCACAACCAGCUUUCAGCUCAGUUAAGACAAAAAAAGAGCACUUUGAAAAUGGUGAAUGUGCAGGCUCUGCCAGAUAAAGGGGAACGAUUAUUAAAGCAAGUGCAAGAGCUGGAAGCUGCACUUAGUUCUCUUAACCUGGAGACGGAAGAAGAUGCAAAGGAAGCAGGCAAUGCCGGCAUUAUGGUAAAGGAAGAAGAAUUGCAGCACAACCCAUUCAGGAGAACCACCACAGAGCCACUGAGUACCCUGAAGGAAAAAGGGCCACAGAUGUUCAAUGAGCAUGAGAAUACGAGACAACUAGAGCUCCGUCUUCCUGCAGGAUCUGAUCAGUACUGCAGUAACCCUUCUGGAGAAUAUUCUUCUGUGCGGAACCUUUACGGAGGCCGAAUGACUGAAGAUCGUCUCAGAGCUGUGUAUAGCGCCACAACUGAUGCAAUUAACCAGCUCCACAAGUCCCUCAAGUCCUGCCCCAUGGAGGAGGCAGUGACUGUGGACCCACCGGGACUGAAGGUCUCUCUUUUGCUGCACCAGAAACAGGCACUAACUUGGCUCCUCUGGAGGGAGAAUCAGCUGCCAUGUGGAGGAAUCCUAGCGGAUGAUAUGGGCUUAGGGAAGACUUUAACGAUGAUUGCGCUUGUCCUGACCCAGAAGCAGUUACAAAAGGAGAAGAAAGUAGAGAUUUGCAUGUCUCGACAAGAUUCCUCUGUUAUCUCUUCCAAUGGCACUCUGAUUGUCUGCCCUGCAUCCCUGAUCCAUCAUUGGAAAAAGGAAAUAGAAAGGCAUGUGAGCAGUGGCAAACUGAGAGUCUGUCUGUACCAUGGACCCAACCGAAGCAAGAAUACAGCCGUCCUCUCUGGAUAUGACAUUGUCAUCACCACCUAUGGCAUCAUAGGGAAGGAAAUCCCCACACACGAAGCAGAAGAAGAGGUUGCUGCUAAGGACCAUGUUGUGCAGGAUAAAUCACUUCCCUUCUCUCCCUUGCUUUGGAUAAACUGGGCUAGAAUUAUAUUGGAUGAGGCACACAGCAUCAGAAACCCCAAAGUGCAGGGCUCAAUAGCAGCCUGCAAGUUGAGAGCUACUGCCAGAUGGGCUAUAACUGGGACACCCAUUCAGAACAACCUCUUGGACAUGUACUCCCUGAUAAGGUUCCUUCACUGCUCGCCCUUUGAUGAAUUCAAGGUGUGGAAGAGUCAGGUAGACAAUAAUACAAGAAAAGGAGGAGAGAGAUUGGCCAUUUUAACAAGGAGCCUCUUAUUGAGAAGAACCAAGGACCAGCUGGACUCAUCUGGCAAGCCUCUGGUCUCACUACCUCAGCGUCUCACUCGGCUGCACAGAUUAAAACUCUCAGGAGAUGAACAGUUAGUGUAUGAUGUGCUGUUCACACGAUCAAGGUCAACACUGCAAUCCUACCUCAAGCGGCAGGAGGCUCAGUCGACAGAGCACACAACGGAUAACCCUUUUGAAAGAGUGGCACAACAGUUUCGAGAUGGUCAGCAGGACUCCAUGGGAAAGACUCACACAGAUACUCCUCCGGUCUCCACUACUGUUCAUAUAUUGUCCCUCUUGCUGAGGCUCCGUCAGUGUUGCUGCCAUCUUUCUUUGCUGAAAACGGCUCUGGAGCAGGCCAGCCUGGACAGUGAAGGCAUCUCCCUCUCACUGGAGGAGCAGCUCAGUGCUAUGACCUUGUCUGAACCUGACAGCAGUGACCCCCGGUCUGUGGUGUACCUCCUUGGUUCACCUUUUGGUGUGGAUCUUUUUGAAAUCACUAGACAGAGUACCAAGUUAUCGCAUCUCUUGGAGGAGCUAAAGGCCAUCCAAGGUCAGUCCCAGAAGAGUGUUGUUGUGUCUCAAUGGACUAGCAUGCUGAAGGUUGUGACAGUCCACCUUGAGAAGCUCGGCCUGAAAUAUGCCACAGUAGAUGGCUCUGUGAAUCCAAAGCAAAGGAUGGAUGUGGUUGAGGAAUUCAACAGAAAUCCUAAAGGACCUCAGGUGAUGUUGAUCUCCCUCUUGGCUGGAGGCGUUGGCCUCAAUCUCAUUGGUGGAAAUCAUCUCUUCCUCCUUGACAUGCACUGGAACCCAGCUCUAGAGGAUCAAGCCUGUGACCGUAUUUACCGUGUAGGGCAGCGAAAAGAUGUUGUGAUCCACAGGUUCGUUUGUGAAGGGACAGUUGAAGAAAAGAUCUCGGACUUGCAAGCCUCAAAAAAAGAGCUGGCCCAGAAAGUGCUGUCAGGAAGAGGCGACUCCUUCUCAAAGCUCACCCUGGCGGAUCUCAAGCUUCUUUUUGGCAUUUGACCAUCACAUUUUGAAGGAGAAGGAAA